AUGAUUCCAUUGAUUAGAUUAUCCAAAAAUAGGGUAUCCCUAUUACUUAAACCAAAAUUAAAAUCAACACCAUUCAAAUCAACAACAUUUAUAAUAUCUAAAAACAAAACCAAUAGUAAUUUAUUCAUUGCUUCGCAAAAUAACAAUAAUACUUUAAAAAGAUUUUACUCUGGCAACAUUAACAAUAAUAACAAUAAUAAUAGUAAUAAUAGUAAUAAUAAUAUAACCAACGACAAUGAUAAAAAUAAAAAAGAAGAAAAUUUUGAAGAACAUGUAUUUCAUGAUAGAGAUGAGUUUAGUAAAGAUCCAAAAUUCUUUUAUGUUGUAUCACUUAUUGUUACUGCUGGCUUAAUUUAUAAUUUUUAUCAAGGCUAUAUAUAUUUUGCUACAGAGGAUAUUUUAGAUGAAGUUAGAACAAUUUUAAAUAGCGAUGAUGCAUUAGAAAGAAAUACAGCAUUAGGAUCUAUAGCCUCCAGAGCAUCGCUUGUAUAUUGUAUCGAAAAACUUUUUCACCUUGGUGUUGUUGAAGUUUUAGUUAAAUCAUUAAAUGAUCCAGAUCCAAUUGUACAAUUGACAGCAAUAAAGACACUAGAUAAAUUUUUUAAUACAUAUCAUUAUGAGGUAUUUGGUGAUGAAGCGGUCAAAAGGGGUGCAUGCCAAGCAUUAGCAAGAAUUAUUUUAUCAAAUGGUAUGAAUUCUGAUGCUGCUUCGGGGGUUUGGCUAAGAUUAUUAUUAUCAAAAAACAAUCAAGUUCAAGUUUUAGCCUCAAAUGAAUUAUUAUAUUGUUUGCAAACUUUAGCUUAUUCUGAUAAUUUAGAAUUUCAAAGAGUAGCAAUUGCAACAAUUAAAAUAUUAUUUGUAAAUAGAGAUGUUUAUCCAAUGCUACUUAAACUUAAAGGUAUGCUUUCUCAGCUCCACAAAUCACAAGAUAUCUUAAUUUCAAACCAUGCCGAGUACUUUUUAAAUGUUUUAAAGGGUGAAUUAAUUCCUCCAGUAGGUGAUGUCUCUUUUAAAUUUGAAGAAUUAAAUAUUGGUCAUAAAAUGCAUGGUGCUAUUAAUUUAUUGAUGGUACCAUUCACUUAUUUAUAUUGUUGCCUAAGAUGGAGAAGACAUAGCAGAGAUCCAAUUUAUUGGAGAACCAAAGGUUUAUAUGGAGGGGUAAUGGUAUUUUUAGCAUCAACCGUAUCGACAUUAUUACUCUAUCCAGAUUUCCACCCAAAUAUCAUCGAUGACAGAUUAAAGAAAGGAUUUUCAUUGGGACCAAAAACUCUUGAAGAGUUUGACAGAUGCAAGGAACAAUUACAACAAUCUGCAGUAUUAUUGGUUGAUCAAAAAGAUGAAGAUCCAAAAUCAGAGGAUAAUAAAGAAAUUACAAAAAAUAAAGAAUCAAAAGAAAUUGUUAAUAGUAGCGAAGAGUCAUCAGGCUUUAAACAAGAUUUUUUAUUUACUCCAAACUCACUUUAUGUAAUGAAACAAGCCUCACCCAUUUUAACCUAUUUCAUUUUAUUAAUGGGAUGGAAACAUGCUAGAUAUAUUGUAGUCCCAAGCAUCGCUUUAUUGGUACACAAUUUAAAUAACAAAUAUAUAAAGGUUACUGUUCAAAAAUAA